GUUCCUACGCUUACAGCGGCCGGUACUCCCCUGCCCAUGGCGGCGCAGGGAGACGCUGUGGGGAGCCGUACAGCGACAGCUUCUCAGACCUCUACCCCGACACGUACCCAGAGCGGUAUGUGGGGAGAUACCAAGAUCGUUACACCGAGCCCUACCCCGAGCGAGAGGGGGGUCCCUAUGCGGAGCAAUACCCGAUGCCCUUACCAGAGCGGUACAGCAAAAGGUAUGCCGACCCAGACCAGGAGCAGCAGUUCCGAGAUUCCUACCGGCCCUAUGACAGACCAUAUGACCGGCAGUAUGAGAAGUUUCCAGAGCGGUAUGGAAGGCAGUAUCCCGAGCGUCCCGUUGAGUAUCCGGAGCCCUGUGGGGAGCGGUACAAUGCCUAUCAAUCGAGCUCCCUUUUUACCGACCCGCGAAACUCGCGACCAGAGAUGCCACCUCUGCCGCAGCAGAUGCCUCCACCGCCCCCUUCGGUGCAAACGCCUCCCCCGCCGUUGCCACCGCCACCCCCGGCGCCCAAGAAGAGCCGCUCAAGGGAGGCUCCGGUGGUGAAUCUUGGGUCCAUGCCGGAGAAUCUCCUGGGCUCCCCUGAACUUCCCAGUGUUGGCUCCCGGGAUCAUCGAGUUGGUGGGUGCAAGCCAUGCGCCUUCCUCGUCAAAGGCUGCCAAAAUGGCAUUAUGUGCAAGUUUUGCCACCUGUGCGACGCUGGCGAAAAGAAGCGCCGGCAAAAGGCGAAAAAAGCUGCCUUCAAAGCGGUGCAGAGGCCAGAGACGGUAUUAUUGUACACGAUGACAGGGUGUGAGGCUUUGAGAGCAAAAGUUCACUUGACUUGUUCUCCAAAUCUUGGUUGGCUUGUGACCAUCCGGCUCGGAGAGACAAUCGGGCUUGCUUCGUCUUGCUGCCAUGAUGUAUCUCAACUACACCGUUUUUGA